AUGUUUUUCUUUCUCAAAUUCUACAAUCGUCGUUUACAAAAACUUUUAAAAACUGGAAAACUGACAGUCUCAAAUAGUUUGACAGCAAGAUAUCAAAUCGAAGAAAACAUCAAAUUUUUGAAUAUUGCCACAACUGUUGUCAUUUGUAUAGCUAUUCUCUCAACUUCUUUUUUAUUCCUGAGAUUUGCAGAAUUUUUAAGACUCAUUGAUCAGAGAACUAUUCAUAUUUUUCUUAAAAUUAUUUGUCUUCUGUAAGUUUCUGAGGCCUUUCGUUCGAUUAAUAUUAAUACACACUUCUAGAAAUCCACUAUUUCUCAUACCAGCUGUGCUAUCCUCAAUUUCCGAAUGGCGUUAUCCAUUUCUCCAAUUAUUUUUCCCGUUUAUGAAAAAAGCACGAAAAACUACUGGGAAAGUCAAUACAAUCGCCACUGGAGUUUUGUAUUUUCAACAAUUGGAUGCCUCGUGGCAAUGA